AUGGCCUUAACUGCUGUGCGAGAUGCUUAUUCCUUAUCCUGUUACACUUGCACCGGACAGAGCAGCAAUGCCCAAUGUAUGACAGCAGCAAAUUGUACAGCGUCUGAAACGUCCUGUGAAACUACUGUUGUGGCAGGUGGAAUCGGUGCCUUGUCUGCUGCUGUCAUUACCAAGCAAUGUGUCGCCUCCUGUACAGCCUCCAGUUUUGGUGUUUCUGCAGCUUCAACUACAGUCUCCUGCUGUAAUACAGAUCUGUGUAACAUCAGUGGAGCAUUCAGUGUCAAAUCAAGCUACACCAUCCUUGCUCUGUCUAUGGUUCUGCUCCUGGCUCUGCUGAGAAACUCAUCCCUCUGA